AUGGGGAUUUGCUUUAGCGCUGAAGAGCAGCAGUACCAAUAUUCUCAACAACAAGAGUAUCGGAAGAAAUCCAUAGGAAAAUCAGGCAAAAAUUCUGCAGUGUAUCUAAUGAAUUCUGAUUGUCAAGAAUCAAUUGGUAAUUCGAGUGCAAAAGGCUUGCCCUUGGCUCCUAAGAACAUCAAAGAUCUUCAAUCGAAUCCAGGAUACGAAAAUGUGGAUAUUUUCACUUACGAAGAGAUGAAGGUAGCCACUAAGCAGUUCAGGCCAGAUUACAUCCUCGGUGAAGGAGGUUUUGGAGUUGUCUAUAAAGGAGUUAUAGAUGAGAAUGUGAGGGCUGGUUACAAGUCUACAAAAGUUGCCAUCAAAGAACUUAAUCCUGAAGGGUUUCAGGGAGAUAGAGAGUGGCUGGCUGAAGUUAACUAUUUAGGACAGCUUAGUCACCCGAAUUUGGUUAAGCUCAUUGGCUAUUGCUGUGAAGAUGAACACAGGUUAUUAGUCUAUGAGUAUAUGGCAAUGGGGAGCCUGGAGAAACAUCUUUUCCGAAGAGUUGGAUGCACUUUGACGUGGUCGAAAAGAAUGAAGAUUGCACUUGACGCAGCAAAGGGUCUUGCAUUUCUUCAUGGUGCUGAACGUUCCAUCAUUUAUCGGGAUCUGAAGACAGCAAAUAUAUUGCUGGAUGAGUGUUACACUGCUAAACUCUCAGACUUUGGACUGGCAAAAGAUGGUCCAAGGGGAGACCAAACACAUGUUUCAACACGCGUUAUGGGUACUUACGGAUACGCUGCUCCUGAGUAUGUAAUGACAGGACAUUUGACAUCGAGAAGUGAUGUUUAUGGAUUCGGGGUACUUCUCCUAGAGAUGCUCCUUGGGAAGAGGGCGAUGGACAAAAGCAGACCUUGCCGGGAGCAUAACCUAGUGGAGUGGGCACGACCGCUGUUGAAUCACAACAAAAAGCUUUUGAGGAUCAUAGACCCUCGAAUGGACGGACAGUACUCCACUAAGGAGUUGAUGAAAGUAGCCGGUUUGGCGUACAAUUGCCUCAGCCAAAACCCGAAAGGAAGGCCCCUCAUGAAUCACGUGGUAGAAGUCCUUGAGUCUCUUAAAGAAGAUGGCGAUGCACAGGAGGAAGUCAUGGCCAAUCUCCAUAGCAGGGGCAAGUCUGUAACCUUAUACGAAGCUCCUAGUGACUCUCAAGGCACAAGAGAUGGGGAUGAGCAGAGGAGGAGAAGACCGGAAAGUGGUAGAAGCAAGAGCGAAGCCUCGGUCGACACUGACCAAUAUGUUACUGCUCUUGUUUCGGAAUCAGGUCCGGAUUCUGCCAAAAUUUAA